AUCAUCCAAUCACAGCUCGUCUUACACCCACGGAAAGCAGUAAGUUGUAGCAGUGUGCCUGCUUCAAUGUAGUCUCCAGUAUGUCCAGUAUCACCACAGAACAAUCUCAAUAGAAAAAAAAAGAGCGCGACAGUCGUGUUCUCUGAGGGCUGAAUGUCGUCUGCUUGAACCGAAGAUGUCCGGAGAGUGACUCUCGAGGACGGCAGGACUAGCCGGGGGCUACCCGCGUUAUCGGUGGAAGUUUUUUCAGCCUUUCAACCCAGAGUCUCCUGCGCCGUAUCCGCAGCAGUGGGUAUCAUGGAGCUGGGACGUCGACGCCUACUGUAUACCAGGGAGCUCGAACCAAGCCUGGUUCUCUGCAAACAAUCGUAAAGGGUGGGAACUUAAAUUAGCCCUUAGGUCCUUUUUCCCAUCCUUCCCCCCCAAACGGCUCCUGUGGAGAUAUUGUAUUGUCCUGUUUGUAGUCUGCAUCAUGAUUGGCAAGCUCAAACAGAACCUGCUGGUGGCCUGUUUGGUCAUUAGCUCCGUCACCGUCUUCUACCUGGGCCGCCAUGCCAUGGAGUGCCAUCACCGCAUCGAGGAGCGAGGCCAAUCAGUUGGAAUAUAUCCAUUGUCAGCACUGGGAGGCAGCAUGCGGACCACGUUACGGACCGGCCAAAAUCUCAGUACGCCUUUUGUUUACAACAAAGACAUGCCACUAAUCUUCAUCGGCGGUGUACCCCGAAGUGGGACUACGCUUAUGCGAGCGAUGCUGGACGCCCACCCAGAGGUACGCUGUGGAGAGGAAACCCGUGUCAUUCCACGUAUACUUGCCAUGAAACAAAUGUGGAGCCGCUCGGGCCGGGAGAAAAUGCGCCUGGACGAGGCAGGCGUGACGGACGAGGUGCUGGACGCCGCCAUGCAGGCCUUUCUGCUGGAAAUCAUUGUCAAACACGGUGAGCCUGCCAACUUCCUGUGCAACAAGGACCCUUUUUCACUAAAGUCGCUUUCCUAUCUGGCCAAAAUCUUUCCCCAUGCCAAGUUUGUACUCAUGAUACGCGAUGGACGGGCCUCAGUCCACUCCAUGAUCUCACGCAAGGUGACCAUUGCUGGCUUUGAUCUUGGCAGCUAUCGAGACUGCCUAACCAAAUGGAAUCGGGCAAUCGAGACCAUGUACACUCAGUGCUUGGAGGCGGCGGACAAAUGCCUACCAGUGCAUUAUGAACAAUUAGUUCUCCAUCCUGAAAAAUGGAUGAAGACUCUGCUAAAAUUCCUCGAAGUUCCUUGGAACGAUGCCGUUCUACGCCAUGAAGAACUCAUUGGAAAAGCUGGAGGAGUGUCGCUUUCCAAGGUGGAAAGGUCAACAGACCAGGUCAUCAAGCCUGUCAAUGUUGAAGCCUUAUCGAAAUGGGUAGGAAAGAUCCCGGCAGACGUGGUCAGGGACAUGGCCGUCAUCGCACCAAUGCUGUCCAGACUGGGCUACGACCCCCACGCCAAUCCUCCCAACUAUGGUCGGCCCGAUCCUAAAGUCCUGGACAAUACAAGAAGGGUCUUUAAGGGUGAAUUUCAACUCCCAGAAUUCCUAAAAGAACAACCACAGGUCCAAAAGUCUGCAGAGAGAUCAAAUCCCAGUUAGACCAGAGACAGAAAACCAACUCAUUACACAGGAGCUGAUGCACUCAAACAGAAGUUAAAGAAAUCAACUCUGACCUUUUGACCCAGUGUUUUUAGGAGAUCACAUGACAUCACAGUUUGGGGCAGUCUUAUUUACUGACAUUCUUCUGGCCUCAGAUGCUGAACUAUAACUAGGUCCUAACGGUGGUCUGACCCACAGAAUGUCUGCUGAAUGUUGUUAAUGUCACAUCACUUGAUUCUUUGAAAACAAUCGCUGCCUAGAAAACAACUGGAUGAUGAUGAUGAUGAUGAGAAACUGCCAGGAAAGAAAAUCACAAAGUAUUUAUGAAUGGAGAAUUAGCUUUUGAGAGAUGCAAUACCUAUUUUAAUGUUUAAUUGUUUUGUUUUUUCCAUACCUUUGUAUUGUGCAAUGUCCUGGUACUGAUCAGUUUUAGGUAUCAAACGUGAUAAAGAUGGUUUUUCUAAA